GCCGCCGUUGCCAGUUGCCACCGUCAGUCGCCGACACACCGUCACAACGCGAGUCCACGGGUAGUGCGCCAACGGACCGAAAACCGGUGUGCCAGUUCUUUACCAUCCGGCCAGUGUCGAACGCGGGUUUAAAUUAAAAAAAAAAAAUACAUACAAAUAAAGAAUAAACAUUUUUCGAAUUUUUUUUUUUCUUUCUGUUUCUAAUUCGUUUUUAAUAUAGAUUAACGUACCGAAAAAUGUGCGCCGAUUAAACGCUCAGCGGCAAGUCAGCGAUCUGACGACGGUGGACAAGAUAUCUAAGUUAAUGAUCAAUGAAGUUCGGUAAUGGUGUACAAGACGUGGUUAGAGAGCAGUUUAGACUAUGCUGACAAGACGCAACUGGCUACUACGACUGAGCGUCGUGUUGAACGUAGCCGUAAUUUUCUAUUUCGGUUCCAUUCUAACCGUCAGAAAUGGCAAUCCGGAAAUUGUGGAGGAGAUGCAGUUAUCCGGAAGGAACUUGGCCUCCUUGGACUUAUCCCAAGCGGCCGACAAAGAGGCGUUCUACUAUCAGAGCGCGUCUGGCGGCUCCGCUAACUACCCCGAGCUAGCUCUAUUGGCUAGCAUACAGCCUAUCGCCGGGCAACAGCAGGGUUCGUCCGUCCAAACGCCUGUCCAAGGGACAACGUUACGAGAGGAAGGCCAUGUGAUGAAAAUCAAACCAAAAACGCAGGUCGUGGCUGAUUCGUCUGACGUUGCUGCCGACACGUCCGUGGGUUCGGCGGCCGCCGAGUCUUGGACGCCUGAAAAGAAAGACGCGGGUCCUACGCAACAGCAGACGUCCACUACGACCACGGCGUCCAGCACGUCGGCCGUGGCCGCUGCGGUAGCCGUAACGCCACUACGGCCACUUCGCGACCUGCUGGGAUGUAGCGACAAGUCGAAUCGCCGGAGGAUAGCCCAACGGGGCGACUACUGGGUACUGUACAACUACGUGCCGGCCAGGCGGUGGUUCAAGUGCGACGAGUCCAUCACGUACACCACGCACGCCGACUAUACGUUCCUGGAUAACUUGGAACCGCUUUUGGACAGGUGGCGAGGUCCGAUAUCGAUAGCGCUGUACACGCCGGGCGCGGACUUUAUGCCCACCCUAUCGGCCAUCCGUUACUUGCGGCAGUGCCGAUCGCCACUGGUGGCCGAACUCGUCACGUUCCACCUGUACUUCGCGUCGGGUCACGUGCCCAAGUCGGUGCCGCACGCCGACCGCGACAUCGACGCCACCGUCAACUGUUCGGUACCGCCGCCGUGGUCCAACAUCACGGCCGGUUCGCUGUACAAAGGACAGAGAAAACUCUUGUACCCGGUUAACGUGGGCCGAAACGUCGCCCGAGAAUCGGCCACCACGCACUACGUGCUGCCGUCCGACAUCGAGCUGUACCCGAGUCCGGGCGUCAUCGAAGGUUUCAUGGAGAUGGUCCGCCGACAAGACCCGCCCCUUCGGCGUCCCAAACCUAUGGUGUUCCCGUUACCAAUAUUCGAGCUGGCGUCUAACAUGAAACUGCCGGCUGAUAAAAAAGAACUGGUGUCCAUGCUGAAAAACGGUUCGGCCAUCACAUUCCACAAGAAAGUGUGCCCGGACUGUCAUACGGUGCCCAAGUUUAAGGAAUGGGCCAGCGCCAAACCCAAGUCGGGCAUCAGCGUGUUCCACACGGGCAAACGGACCGGCUAUCACUUGCACUGGGAACCGAUAUUCAUUGGCACCCACAACGAUCCGUUGUACGACGAGAGACUGAGCUGGGAAGGGAAAAUGGAUAAAAUGACUCAAGGCUACACGUUGUGCGUGAUGGACUACGAGUUCCACAUUUUGGACAACGCGUUCCUGGUGCACAAACCGGGAAUCAAAACUCUGAAGAAGGAUCCGGCCCGGCAGGUAUUGGCCGGAAAGACGUAUAGUCUGAUCAAGAAAGUAAUUCUGCCCGAGCUCAAAGUCUUGUACGGCGUGCGCAAAGGUUGCGCCGUUUAAGACUCGUUCUGUCGCUUUUUAGGGACAAGAUAGACCCAUUGACUGAUAGGUUAUAUGAGUGUAUUUUUAUGCAUAUGUAUACACGUACAUAUACAAUAAUCACGUUUUUUCUUUCUUCACGUCCAGAUUUUGGCCAAAAAAAUAUUAUAUAUUAUGUCAAGCAAUCCAUGCCCGACGUGACGUCAUUCCCGAUGUCACAAACAACAAUCACCGUCACCAAACAACGUCAGUUUUUAACAUAAUAUGUUUAUGUUAUGUUAACAUUUGUGUUUUGUAAUUUUGUUGCCCAUACUUAAUUUGCACCAUGAUAAUUUUAUAGUAUAUUGUCUUUAGGCUGACGGUAAUAGUGUUGAAAAUUCCAAAUGUUGUAUUUUAUUAAUUUUUUUGUUAAUGUCUAUUUUUGGAUGCCAAUUUAUAUUUUAUAUUCUACUUUACGUUAACUUCUAAAAUCAAAUAAUUUAUAUUAUAUGUAUCCUGAACCAUUUUUUGCCACACCGAAAUUAAGACUAUGUAUCAAUUGUGUCAAUCGCGUCUACUUAUAUAUUGUAUACCGUAUUAUUUAAUUUCCUCAUCUAUUUAUCCUUGUCCUGCAUUCUUCAAAUGUUCCUUAAAUGUUUAUUCCGGUAUUCUUUUCUAUUACUUGUCUUCUACGUUCUUCUUUUCUUGUAUCUUCUUUCGGUGGUUGGGGUAAUUUUCAAAGGGACAAAAUAGAUCGCCUCUACAUACAAACGUUAUUCUUUUGUUAAACUUUCUAUUGAUUGACUAUCUAUCGAACGUUAUUGUGUCUGUUUAUACUCCAUUAAUGUUGUAUGUAUUAGUAUACGUUGAAAUACUCAUAUCCAAGUCAUAUUUUUGUGUACAACGUUAAUGCUAUUCGAUGCGAUCAAAACAUUUAUUAUUUUAUUAUAGUUUAAUUAAGUCCUCUCCGUGUACACAAUUAUCACAAUUAUUUAGCUAGUUUGUGAUGUAAUAUUUAUGCCAUUAUAUUAUAAUAUGUAUAUUUUAAAUUACGAUUUGCCAACCGAUCGCCGAUCGAUAGUUAUCAUAAUGAUUAACAUUAUACUUAUGUAAGUAGGCAAGCCCGACAUUUGGUGCAAUCCGAUAAAUAAUACUUAUUAUUAUUUAUUACCUUAAAUUAGUGUAUAAAUACGAGAAAAUCGUACGAACAAAUACAACUUGUGUAUAAUAAAUAAUAAUACCGCGCAAAACAAUGAAAAAAAAGAAAAAAAAAAGAGUCAUUAUAUUACUAUUAUUAUUAUUUUCUAGUUAUUUUAUUAUUAUUAUAAUUAUUGUUAAUGCCAGAUCAAAUUUUAAAUUUAAUUAUUAAAUUUAGGAAUUAUGUAGUUACGUAGAUUUUAAAGGAAAAAAACAUGAAAACAAUACAGACAAAAAUGUGUAUUAUAUGAUCUCUCUGUAUCUCAUAUAAUUUGGAUUGUAUUGUAUAUUAUGUUGUAUAGACCUAGUCGACGACUUCAAUAUCAAUAAUUUAAGACAUUUAAUUAAUAUUUUUUAGAUUUCUUCUGAGUUAUAUAUCUGUAAUGUAUAUUGUACAUUAAAAGCCAAUUAUGUAUUCUUUUUUUAUGUCGUAUAUGCAUAAUAUUUUUUUACAAAUACAAUGUACGUCAGUUUAUUACUUCAGUCAAAAAUAUAGCUUGUUGUACAGAAUAAUUGCCAAUAUUGACCAAUAU